UACGUCAUCGAGUUUGGUUACAGGUUUACAUGGUUUUGCAGAACCUUUAAUCGUUUUGGUUUCUGAUUGACUCUAUAAACACUGUAAGUAAGAGUUUUAGAGAUACAUCGUAAGCAGCCAGAGAGCACGAACGUCCACGUGCACUGGGGCGCCAUGAAGAAAUACGUGGUGGUUUGGGGGGCCACAUUUUUUGUCGUGGUGUGUGUGUCGCUGUAUCUGAUGAUGGAGACCGUGUCCACAAACAUGGGGAAAUCCCAGGAUCUGGACGCUAGGCUGGUGGAAGACAAGAUAGCGAGGAUUCGAUCAGACAUUUCUAAAAACCAACAAACAAUCCGAGAAAUCAAAGACUACGUACGCUCGAUGAGUCAGGGGGACAAGUCAGUGUUAAACAAACUACAGAGCGUUCUGGACCAACAGGAAUCAGAGGUCAAACUUGACGACCUUUUGAAAGUCAAUGAGGAGAAGGUCAAGGACACAGACAACACAGCCCUAGUGUAUCGCCCCAAGGGAGGGGUCAAGCUGAGCGGCGACACUUGUAGCCUGGCGGAGGGGCCGAAUCCUAAAAGUGACAUACAGAUGUUAAAAGUUUACGAGACCCUACAGUUUGACAAUCCUGAUGGAGGCGCAUGGAAGCAAGGCUGGAGAGUUACCUACCCUGAGGGAAAGUGGAACGUGGACAACAUAUUACACGUGUUUGUGUUACCCCACAGCCACACCGACCCAGGUUGGGUUAAGAAAUUCAUGGACUACUACACCCAGCAGACAAAGCCAAUCUUGGACAACGUUCUUAACUUUCUGGCGGCAGACAAGCGACGGCGAUUUAUCUACGCGGAGCUCUCCUUCUUCUCUCUGUGGUGGGAGUCACUGAGCGCCGAUAAAAAGGAGACGGCAAAACGUUUGAUUAAUGACGGACAACUAGAGAUAGCGACGGGAGGAUGGGUGAUGAACGACGAAGCUAAUGCCCACUACGCAGCAAUGGUGGACCAGUUGAUAGAGGGGAACCAGUAUCUUCAUGGAGUUACAG